AUGUUCCCCGUUGCUGUUGUCACUGGUGCUACAAGAGGUAUAGGGAGGGCAAUUGUGCAGAAUUUGUCAGCCCAUGGUAUAAGUUGUGUUGCUAUUGGAUCCUCUCUCGAAUCUGUGAUGAGGCUAAGAUCAGAUUUGAAGUUUACAUCUCCUCAUCAAAUGCACAGAACAUUAGCUAUCGAUCUAUGCAAUUGGCCCCAAUGGACGGAAUGCAAAAGAUUCCCAGGACUGAGUUUUUCCAGCGAUGGAUUGAUGAAACAAGGCGAGUACCCUAUCUUUGAUAGUGGCUCAAAAUAUUACAUCGAUCUACUAGUAAAUUGUGCGGGAAGAACACAAACUUCACUGGGUCUGAAAACAUCCCCCACACAGAUGAAAGAAUUAAUGAAUUUGAAUUUUCUGAGCUGUGUCAGUCUAAUCAACUUGAGUACGAGACAUAUGAUAAGGACCGUACAUAGAAAUGCAUCAACAACGACACCUUGUAUAAUCAGUAUAUCUUCAAUACUUGAAAACGUAGCAAUCCCCGGCACAACAAUCUACUCUGCAUCGAAAGCUGCAUUAUCGCAAUACACAAAGGUGCUAGCACAAGAAACAGCCACGUGGGGGAUCCGAGCAGUGGCUCUGCCCCUGGGACUAGUGAGAGAGACAGAUAUGAUCCAAGACCUAGAUACAAGCAUCGUCGAUGCCCUAAAGAAUUUACCAUCGCAGACCCCAAAGCAAGUCGCAGACACCGUUUGGUCAAUUUACCACAGAGAAGGAACUGAUCGUGCCAAAUUACAUGAAAAUUUUCCUUGA